CAUAUUCACAAAAUCCGGCGAUCAUAGGUAGAUGGCGCUCGCGGAAGCAUGGCCUUUUCCUGUUCACGCUUGUUCGGACGAAGACGUGAACGUAAACAAUGGAUGACAAAGAAGUUUUCGAGGAUAUGGUGGUGGCAACCACGAACACGUUGCCAGUAGCAAUGCCGGCUGAAUUGCCGGAGAUCAAACUGUUUGGACGCUGGAACUGCGACGAUGUGCAAGUGAACGACAUGUCGCUGCAGGAUUACAUCGCGGUUAAAGAGAAGAACGCGAAAUAUCUUCCACACUCUGCGGGACGUUAUGCGGCGAAGCGCUUUAGGAAAGCCCAGUGUCCAAUUGUGGAGCGUCUGACAAACUCACUCAUGAUGCACGGCAGGAAUAACGGAAAGAAACUGAUGGCUGUGCGAAUUGUUAAACACGCCUUUGAAAUCAUUCACCUUCUCACUGGCGAGAAUCCCCUACAGGUUCUCGUCACAGCCAUCAUCAACUCAGGCCCGAGGGAAGACUCAACGCGUAUCGGACGUGCCGGUACGGUAAGACGACAGGCCGUGGAUGUGUCUCCGUUACGUCGUGUUAAUCAAGCCAUCUGGUUAUUAUGUACUGGCGCACGAGAGGCCGCAUUCCGCAACAUUAAAACGAUCGGCGAAUGUUUAGCCGAUGAGCUUAUUAACGCUGCUAAGGGCUCGUCGAAUUCGUACGCGAUCAAGAAGAAGGACGAGUUGGAGCGUGUCGCCAAGUCUAACCGAUAA